AUGGUCCUGAAGAUCAGAGACUCUACAACAUGGAGCCACGAGGAUCUGGCCCCGGGUCUAAACCCAGACCUGGACCUGGACCUGGACCUGGACCUGGACCUGGAUCUGGACCUGCUCCCAGCUCUGUGUGGACCUCUAAAAAGUGACUGGUCCAAAGACUAUGGUCCUGACUUCAGAGAAGAUGGUCCUGAAGAUCAGAGGUGGGACUUGAACCCAUGUUGUUAA